ACUCCAGAAGAGUGGGCCACAAGUUGCUAUGGGGGGUUGAGUAUUGGUUGGUCUGUGUGUGAAGAGUCCACAAACUGCAGUAACAGUAGCAGUAGCAGUAAUAACAGCAGCAACAACAGCAGCAGACGACCCUCAGUGUCAGUGGUAUCUUCCCCCUGGCUAACCAGCGGACAGCAGCCUUCUCCAACUUCUGGAGACCAAAUAGACAAAUUUAUACGCCAUCGGCUGCAACGAACUAACAAGGAAGGGACAAGUGGUGGUGGGCUCCGCUACAGUCCUGUACAUGCUGAUCACUCCGUCCUUGCACCCACUCCCAUUCACCCGAGACACCAUGCCCUCCAACAUGCAAAUGGUGGGUCACGCGCCAUCUCUAUACCACAGCUGCCAAAGCCACUACUUCCUCCCAGGCUACGCAGCUCUGUCGAGGGACUUAACCAGGAGAUUGAGCGGCUGGUCCUACGCCCGUCCCACAUACCUACUGAUGACAUAGAUGAUUUAUGGGGUGAUAUUGGGCGAGAUGGCCGCAGAGCUCCCAUUGCUGAUUACCUACGGUUUACAAGGAGUAUCGACACUCAGACACCAGCACGGGGAUCAGCUCUGUCUACGGCCAGUUCAAAUCACACGUCACCUUCCCUCUCCCCACCAACCUCCCCACAGGCCGCCCAGGCUGCUGCCAUGCCACCCUCGACUCCAAGCCCGACAAAUGUGCCACCCUUGGCGACUUCCCCACAUAUUAAUAAGUUCCUUGCCCGGGAGCCACCUGAUGGCUGCGAAAAAGUAGCCCUUAAGCUCCAUGAAGACAGGUUGGGAGCCAGUAAGGGAGGAACAUGGCCCUCUGUCAGGCCACCAGCAGCCUUCACUCUGCGGCCAAGCCAGGGAUCAGCCUUCUGUGCGCCAGACAGGAUAGGGUCAGAAGAGUUGUGCGGAGCCACUGCCAUCAGUCUAUGUAAGCACCACAGCGCUGACAUGAGUGAACCUUGCCCAAUGUGUGGCACCACUGAUGGCAGUAGUCCGAGCGGCAGCACUGAAGUUGGCACUCCUGACCAGAGCCUCCAACAACAUGUGCCACGGGCGUGUCAACCCUCUCCUAGCCAGUCUGUGAGCUGUGAGGCUGGUUUGUCCACUUUGGUUCCUGGUCCUGCCCAUACAGCCGUUCGGGCGUCCCCAGAAGUCACUGCUGAUCAAUAGCGAAGGCCAUGUUUUAGCACAUUUUACAAUUAUUUUUGUCAUCCUGCAGUUUAACGGUUAUCUUAUAAAGUGGUUCAAACAUUGUGGUUCUUCAAUAGACAUUAUAGUGAUUCGUGAAUAUGCUUACUGAGUAUUAUUUGGUAUGUAUUAAUGUACACAAUGUAUUAACUUUUAACAUGAUUCAGCAUUUCCAAGGCAAUUUUGUACGUAUAUCCCAGUGUUGCAUAUUAUUCACCUAGAAGUGAAUAAGCUCCCUUACAUCUCAGGAUUUAAUGAAUAAGUAGCCACUAUAAUGUAGACCUAAUUGACACAUUGUAGGGAACUGCUCAUGUACUUACUCUCCGUCUCCUGGUGGGAGAUCGGUCUGAUUACCUUCCUGCCGCUGGAACUUGUGUGAUUAUAUGAUCAUGCUCAUACUGCGAGGUACCACUAAAAUCAUACUCGUCAAAAGGAGAUGCAUCAGUCUGAUAGUGUAAUUUGCAGGGAGGUACUUAAUAUUGGGUGUACUUCUGCUGGAAGGAAUCAGUCUGAUAGUGCUCCUGCUUGGAGGAAUGUGUGUGGUCAAAUCUAGCUGGAAGAGGUUAGUCUGAUCAUGAUUCCACUUUGGAGGUGCAAUCCUACAAGGAGGAAGAAAUCCUUAAGGUAGGGGGAAACCAGUCUGCAUCAGAUUAGAACUGGUCUUUGUGCUCCCUCUUGCUUGGAGGAACCAGCCUAUGCUCCUGCCCCUGCUGGGAGGAACAAGUCUGAUCGUGCUCCUGCUGGGAAGAAGAAGAAAAAAAAAAUACAACAACAAUUAAUGUGAUCAUGCUCCUGCUGGGAAGAACCAGUUUGAUCAUGCUUCUGAUAGGAGGAACCAGUCUGAUCAUGCCCCUGCUAGGAGAAAUUAGUUUGGUUGUACUCCUGCUGAGAGAAACCAGUCUGUGCUUCUGCUGAGGAAUCAGUCUGAUUGGACUUCUGUUAGGAGGAACUAGACUGAUCAUGUCCUGCUGGGAAGAGAGCCAGUCUGAUCGCGUUCCUGCCUGGAGGAACCAGUCUGAUCAUGCUCCUGCUGGGAGGAACCAGUCUGAUCAUGCAUUAUAAACACAAUUUACACCAUAAGAAGUUCCUGCUGGAAACCUGUGAUAGUUUUCUUUGGAUAUCUUUGAAUACAAUAAGAAGAUAUGGAUCUGGAAUCGCCGGUGGUUGAGUGUGCCAACUGCUGUUGUGCUGUUAAAGUAGUGGCUUUUUUCAGCAAAUUGGAAGUCAGUAAUGGCACAUAGCUAUAUAGUACAUUGUUAUGGACUUUGCUCCAUCAACAGUGUUUAAGUAUCAAAAUUCAGUAUUGGCAUGACUGACAGUAGGCUACUGGGAACUUGCCGUAACCAGUAGUUUGGGCAUUGAGUGCCAGUGGUGCCCAGCACGAGGCAGAAGCUAAGAGAAAAUCACAAAAUACAAGUGAAAUGCCAGAUUCUGGUUGACCACUGCUAUUGUGACCUAGCUAGACGUGCCUGCUACACCUGAUACACCAGCCUCCUGUAGAAGGACCUCGGGUGUGCCUCGGCAAAAUCUCACUUCUCAUUAAACGCUCAUUAAAAAGA